ACUGUUCUUUUAAUGAAAGUAAUAGCAAGCUAGCAGUGGUUGCAAGUGACGAGUGAUCAAAUUAAGCUAGUAUAUAUCCAUCGUUAAGAGUUUGAGGAAUUUUCUGAUAAAUAUAUGUAGUGUGGGUUCUUGUAUUUUUGGACUUCAAUUUCUCUUAACGAAUGCUCAGCUGUUGAAGUGGGUGCUCUUUGUAUGUCUUUAGGAGAAAAAAAAGAGCACUUAUUGAUUUCGAUUCUUAGUGAUUGAGGGAGACACGAUCUUGCAACUGUCUGAUAUGGCAUCUUCAUCUGCUGUUGCUUAUAAAUGGAAGCAUGAUGUGUUCCUUAGUUUUAGAGGCAAGGAUACGCGCAACAAUUUUACCAGCCAUCUCUAUGAUGCUUUGUGUCGUAAGAAAAUCAAGACCUUCAUCGAUGAUAGGCUUGAAAGAGGACAAGAAAUUACCCCUGCCCUUCUGAAAACGAUUGAAGAAUCAAGAAUUUCUGUAGUAAUUUUCUCCAAGAACUAUGCAUCUUCUCUGUGGUGUGUGGAUGAACUGGUGAAAAUACUUGAAUGCAAAGAGACUUAUGGGCAGAUUGUUUUACCGGUCUUCUAUCAUGUGGACCCAUCUGAUAUUGAUGAGCUGACUGGGAGUUUUGGAAAUGCAUUUGCGGAGCUUGAAAAACAUUUUAAGGGGAAGAUGGGAAGGGUGCCAAGGUGGAGGGCAGACUUGACAUCCGCAGCCAGUAUAUCUGGAUGGGAUUCACAGGUUACUAGUCCGGAGUCCAAACUAGUUACAGAAGUUGUGCAAACUAUCUGGACAAGGUUAAAUUAUGCAUCCCCAAGCAAAUUAAGGGGUCUGGUUGGAGUAGAUUCACGCAUGGAGCAAAUAAACAAAUUACUAUCUAUUGUGCCAUCAGAUGUCCGCAAAAUAGGAAUUUGGGGCAUGGGUGGUAUAGGCAAGACAACUAUCGCGGGAGCUUUCUACGAUAGCUUCUCCAGUCAAUAUGAAGGCCACCACUUUCUUCCCAGCAUAAGGCAGGAAUCAGAAAAGGGUCGAUUAAAUGAUCUACGAGAUGAACUUCUUUCUAAACUACUGGAGGAAGAAAAUCUCGGCGUUGGCACACCACAUAUACCAACUUUCAUCAGGGAUAAACUCUGCCAAAAGAAAGUUCUCCUCGUUUUGGAUGAUGUGAAUGAUGUACGACAAUUCCAACACUUAAUUGAAGUGCCUUUGAUUGGUCCAGGAAGCGUUCUUGUUGUAACAUCAAGAGACAGGCAAGUACUUAAGAAUGUAGUUGAUGAAAUAUACGAGGUUGAGGAAUUAAACGCCCACGAAGCUCUUCAACUCUUUAGCUUGAAUGCUUUUAGGGGAAACCACCCCCCAAAAGCUUAUAUGGAGUUGUCAAUCAAGGCAAUAAAUUAUGCCAAAGGGAACCCGUUAGCUCUUCAAGUUUUGGGUUCCUUCUUAUUUGGCAGAGAAAGAUAUUUCUGGGAAUCUCAAUUAAAUGAGAUUGAAAGCUUUCCUGAGCUGAAUAUUUAUGACUUGCUGAGAAUAGGCUUUGAUGCACUACGUGAUCAUAACACGAAGAGUAUAUUUCUCGACAUUGCAUGUUUCUUUAGAGGGCAUCAAGUUGAUUUUGUAAAGCGGAUUUUAGAUGGCUGCGGUUUCAAAACAGAUAUUGGAUUUAGUGUUCUCAUUGACAGGUGUCUCAUUAAAAUUUCAGAUGACAAGGUUGAAAUGCAUGAUCUUUUGCAAGAAAUGGCCCAUGAAGUUGUUCGAAAAGAAUCUCUUGACGAGCUAGGAAGACAAAGCAGAUUGUGGGGUCCUAAAGAUGCAUAUCAAGUGUUGACCAAUAAUCUGGGAACUGGAAAAGUAGAAGGGAUAUUCUUGGAUGUUUCAAAAAUAAGAGAAAUCGAGUUGAGUUCUACAGCCUUGAAAAGGAUGUAUAAACUUAGACUGCUAAAAAUUUAUAAUUCUGAAGCUGGAGUUAAAUGCAGAGUGCACCUUCCUCAUGGCCUCGAGUAUCUUUCUGAAGAGUUGAGGUAUCUCCAUUGGGAUGGAUACCCUUUGACAUCUUUGCCUUGCAAUUUUCGUCCACAGAACCUUGUAAACCUUAACCUAUCAUCUAGCAAGGUUAAGCAACUGUGGAGAGGAGACCAGAAUCUCGGCAAUUUAAAAGAUGUCAACCUCAGCAAUUGUGAGCACAUAACUCUCCUGCCAGGCCUUUCAAAGGCUAGAAACCUUGAGAGAUUGAAUCUUCAAUUCUGUAAAAGUUUGGUUGAGUUUCCUUCAUCUGUUCAGCAUCUGGACAAGCUUGUUGAUUUAGAUUUGAGAGGCUGCAAAAGACUAAUCAAUCUUCCCAGUAGAAUUAAUUCAAGUUGUCUGGAGACUCUGAACCUUUCUGGUUGUGCAAAUCUCAAGAAGUGCCCAGAGACUGCGAGGAAACUGACAUAUUUAAAUUUAAAUGAGACUGCUGUUGAGGAGCUUCCCCAAUCAAUUGGGGAACUCAGUGGACUUGUUGCUUUGAAUUUGAAGAACUGCAAACUCCUGGUGAAUCUUCCAGAAAACAUAUAUUUGUUGACAUCUCUUCAAAUUGCUGACAUCUCUGGCUGCUCAUCUAUCAGCAGGCUUCCUGAUUUUUCGAGGAAUGUAAGAUACUUGUACUUGAAUGGAAUUGCAAUAGAAGAGCUGCCAUCUUCAAUUGGUGAUCUAAGGGAACUCAUUUUUUUAGAUCUAGUUGGCUGCAACAGGCUAAAGAAUCUGCCGAGUGCGGUUUCUAAGCUGGUAUGUCUUGAAAACCUUAAUCUUUCCGGUUGCUCAAGUAUCACGGAGUUUCCAAAGGUUUCCAAUAAUAUAAAGGAGCUGUAUUUAAAUGAGACAGCAAUACAAGAGAUUCCCUCUUCAAUAGAAUGUUUGUUUGAUCUUGCUGAAUUGCACCUCAGAAACUGCAAACAAUUUGAGAUUCUUCCAAGCAGCAUCUGCAAGUUGAGAAAACUGCAGAGGCUUAAUCUCUCAGGUUGCCUCCAAUUUAGGAAUUUUCCAGAAGUUUUGGAGCCGAUGGUAUGUUUGAGAUAUCUCUAUUUAGAACAAACAAGCAUAACAGAGUUGCCUUCACCGAUUGGAAAUCUGAUGGGACUUGCCUGCUUGGAAGUGGGAAACUGCAAAUAUCUACUGUUUGAGUUGCAAUAUCUAGGAUUAAGGAAUUGCAGGAGACUUGAAUCAUUACCGGAGCUUCCACCACGGCUAUCAAAGUUAGAUGCACAUGAAUGCCAGAGUUUGAGAACUGUAGCAAACUCAUCAACUGGAGUUGAGGGGAACAUUUUUGAAUUCAUUUUCACUCGUUGCUGUAGUUUGUUGCCUGAGACCAAUAAAAUCUUGGCGCAUUCCUUAUUGAAAUUUCAACUUUAUACCAAAAGGUUAUACCAUCAGGUGCCCGAUGUUCCAGAAGGGGCAUGUAGUUUCUGCCUCCCUGGAUACAAAACUCCGAAGUGGUUUAGCCAUCGAAGUAGAGGCUCUACGGUAACAUUCCAGCUAUCGUCACAUUUGGCUAAAAGCGAGUUCUUGGGUUUCUCUCUUUGCGCUGUCAUUGCAUGUCGUUCUCUCGGCCAUGGUUUGCAAGUUAAAUGCACGUAUCGGUUCCGCAAUAAACACGGUGAUAGCCAUGAUCUCAGUUGCUAUCUCCAUGGCUGGUAUGAUGAGAAGAAGUGCAUGGACUCGACACACAUAUUCGUGGGAUUCGAUCCCUGUCUGGUUGCGAUAAAAGAUGAUAUGUUUAGUAAAUACAGUGAGGUUUCAGUUGAAUUCCAACCGGAACCGAUUGACGGCAAUCACUUGACAUCUUAUCCUCGUCAAGUACGUGAGAGAUGA